AUGUGGGACCCGAGCUACGGCAGCUCUCCGAUCAAGACGCCCGAGGACACGACGCUCUACAACCAGCGCGUGGCCAAGAUGGCACAGGUGCUGAAAGUGCGAUUCCCGCCCGCCUCUGGCGACCUCGCAGUCUUCACGCACGCCACGACCAGCUUCAGCCUGGCGUACGGCCUGUGCAGCAACCUGUUCGCUUCCCUGCAGGAGUUCGUGGACUCUAUGCCGGCGAUAGCGCCAGCCGGGGUUAUCGUCGUGACCAUCGAUGGUAAGGGACACUGCACGAAUUUGACGCAGACGCAGAACGUCGCCGAGGUGGUCGAGUGCGGCGAGACGGAGCCCUACAAGUGCGAGUUCGCAGAUAGUCCCAACUGGUACUGGGAAGAUCCGCUGGGCAGCGGGCCGGACAAGUGUCAUUGA